UGUCAUUGUCAGUGUCAGGCAAAUCGUGUGGUGGUUCAAAUGUCAAAAAGUCAUGCAUCAUAUGUUCAGUACGUGGCGUAAAAUAUUAUUUCUAAGAGAUUCUUUAAGCUUUUUAUAGAGUUUCUUUCGUAUUAUAAACGGUAGUGUGCACACUGAAUACCUUCAGCCAGAAGUUUAUGUCAAAAAACUAACCAUGUCUAAAAGAAGUCAACCUAGUUGGUCACCACCGGCUAGAACAGAGAAGAAGCCGGUUUUAAAGCUGUACAACAGCUUGACACGGCAAAAGGAAGAAUUCGUGUGCGAUAAUGGUAACCGUAUUAAUUGGUACAGCUGCGGGCCAACAGUAUACGACGCCUCCCACAUGGGCCAUGCCAGGUCAUACAUAUCUUUUGAUAUAUUGAGAAGAGUAAUGGCAAAUUAUUUUGGCUAUGACAUACUCUACGUGAUGAAUAUUACGGACAUUGACGAUAAAAUUAUCAAAAGGGCCAGGCAGCAUCAUUUGUUUGAGAAGUAUAUUGAGGAGAACAAAAGUCUGAAUUGCAUCAUAGAUGAUGCAACUUCAGUGGUAAAUUACUACGAGACAAUAGUCAAAGAAGCCACUGACCCAGAUAAAAAAGGUGCUAUGCAGAAAACGUUAGACUGCAUCGCCUCAGCCGUUAAAACUCUGAAAGCGGCAGUAGAAAGCAAGGAUGAAACAAAGAUAUCUACUGCGAGGGGUGAACUACUGCACUCUGCCAAGGGCCCUAUAUCAGAAUGGCUGGACAGUCAGUUUGGGGCAACUGUCACUGACAAUGCUAUAUUUACCGCAUUGCCUAGGUAUUGGGAAAAUGAGUUCCACAAAGACAUGAAAGCAUUAAAUGUAUUACCGCCAGAUGUAUUAACAAGAGUAAGUGAAUAUGUACCACAGAUAGUGAAAUUCAUUGAAAAGAUAAUAGAUAACGGUCUAGCGUAUGAAUCAAAUGGUUCAGUGUACUUCAGUGUGAGUGAAUUUGAUAGCAAAGACAAGCAUUAUUAUGCCAGAUUAGUGCCUGAAGCUUAUGGAGAUACUAAAUCAUUACAAGAAGGAGAAGGUGAUCUUACUGACGACACAAGUGAAAAGCGAUCGCCGAAUGAUUUCGCUCUAUGGAAGCGCAGUAAAGCGGGCGAACCUUCAUGGUCGUCACCCUGGGGCGCUGGCCGUCCGGGAUGGCACAUCGAGUGCUCAGCUAUGGCGUCCGAUGUCUUCGGGGACAAAUUGGACAUUCAUACGGGAGGCGUGGACCUAAAGUUCCCUCAUCAUGACAAUGAAUUAGCUCAGAGUGAGGCUCAUUUUGACCAACCCGGCUGGGUGAACUAUUUCCUCCACACUGGCCAUUUAACAAUAGCUGGCUGCAAGAUGUCGAAGUCUUUAAAGAACUUCGUGACGAUAUCGGAAGCGUUGCGUCGACAUACCGCGAGACAGUUGAGAAUCGGCUUCCUAAUGCACGGCUGGAAGGAAACCCUUGACUACUCUGACAAUACCAUGGAUAUGGCCAUUCAGACUGAGAAACUGUUCAAUGAGUUCUUCCUGACCGUGAAGGACGCACUCCGCAGCGGGUACGACGAGGGUUGCGGCGGCGUGUGGGACGCGGAAGAGCGGGCUCUCUCCAACAAACUGUCUGCUGUCAAGGAACAAGUGCACGCGGCCUUGUGCGACAACAUCGACACUCGUGCCGCUCUCGACAGUCUACGCGAGCUGGUGGGCGCGGCGCACGUGUACUUACGUAACACGAAGCCGCGCAGCUCGCCGUUGCUGGCCGCGGCCGCGCGAUACGUCACCGACGUGUUACAUGUGUUCGGCGCUGUGGAGGGGCCAAGGGGAGGCAUUGGCUUCCCUGUUGCUGAUGGAGGCAAUGUUGACCUGGAACAAACAGUAAUGCCGUACUUAGAAGCGCUGAGUACAUUCCGCGGCCGCGUGCGUGACGCAGCACGUGCUGCGCAGGCGCCGGCCGUGCUGGCGCUGUGUGACCUGCUGCGGGACCGAGACCUGCCUGAGCUGGGAGUGCGGUUGGAAGACAAACCUGAUCGCACAGUAGUCAAAUUAGUGAGUAAAGAAGAGAUCAUGAAGGAGAGAGAAGAGAAGGCGCGUCUAGAAGCGGAGAAGCAGAGGAAGAAGCAAGAGUUGCUCGAAGCGCAGCGCGCUAAGGAAGAGCUUAAGAAGAUUCCCCCGGGAGAAAUGUUCAAGCGGGAGGCCGAUAAAUACUCCAAGUUUGACGACAAGGGUCUUCCAACUCACGACCAUGAAGGCAAAGAGCUCAGUAAAGGCCUGGUGAAGAAACUGCAGAAACUGCAACAAGCUCAAGAGAAGAAAUACAACGAGUACUUAGCAUCCGUCAACACUUGCUGACGACGUUCUAUUGUCGCCCUUAUCUUAACGCAAUAAGGUCCGUAUUACAAUACACUUGAUCUUGCUUAAAGAAUUGACUUUUGGCUUUCGAUUAGUAGAAUGUAAUAAUAGCAAAGUUGGUAAUUCAUAAUUGUAAAGGUUUUGUAGUACGGACCCUAAACUCGCUUAAUCUAAAAUAAAUGUACAGUCGUGGACAUACAUUUUUAUACCUAUCCAUCUUACUAUGUUCUGGUAUCUAGGUAUUGGUAUCUAGUUUACGUAUGCUUGUAAUGUUCGCCGACUGUAAUCAUAGUUUUAUAUAAUAGUAUUAAAUUAGUUCAAUCUCAAAAGAACACACAAAUGUUGAUGCCUUGGUGUACAUAAUUGAUAGGAUAAAAAUACCUAAUUAUUGUAAUUAUAAAGGCAUGAGAGUUAGUUGUUGGUGUGAAAGUCUUUAAAUUAUUUUGAUGGUGGUUUUAUAUUUAAGCGAAAUUGGAAUUCAUCGACGACAUUUGAUUGUGCUUUAAAGCAUAUUGUGUUUAGUCUUCAACGUAUUAUGAUUUAUUUAUUCGGAUUACUCGUUAAAUAUCUUUCGUAAUCGUGGAAUUGAGUACCUACAUUCCGUAAGCGUUUUUAUUAAAUGUUAUAAUAUCAUGUUCAUGCUUUGGAUGCUUUUCAUGACUUUAAAUUAUCAUUGUGCCUUCUAUGCAUUCGAUUUGCAUUUAUCAUUAAAAAUCUGCUCAGUUACUUUUAUUUUAUUCAUAAAUGAAAUAACAUUUUAGAUUCUUAAUUGUUUACAUAUGGUUAAAUUAAAUAUUAUGGUCUACACAGUCAUGUGACUGGUCAAAAGUCACAACUGCAAAAGUGUUUCAUUGAAAGUAAUAUUAUUUCAGUAUUAAGAAUUACUUAACCAUCAUUUAUAUUUAUUAUUGUCAUUUUAAUGUAACUCGCAUUUAAUGAGCACAAUAAAAGGUUUUCAGAAUUUUUCAAA